AUGGUGUCAACCACCAUUACUUUCGAAAAGGACAACGUCCAGCCUCCAGUGUAUGUUGCUGGAACGUUUACGGACUGGGCACCCAUGGAGAUGAGCUUCGAAACGACCGAAUCAAAUGGCUCUACCCAGCACGUCUUCUCCUAUAAGGCUGACCUCGACCCCGGUGACUACCAAUACAAAUUCAGGCUCGGUCCUGCAAACGAUGAACAUGGCAAUGUCAACAAUGUUGUUUCCGUCAAAGCUCAGGUGUCCAAACCCCGUCCUGAAGAGCCAAUUGAAAAGAUCUCGAAGCCCGUCGCCCCCAUCCUCAAUACGAAGGAUGCUCACAUCAUUGAGGAUGAGCCUGAUCGUCCAAGCGAGAAUGGCAUUUCAUCCCAACAAAAGGAUAUUGAACCUUAUCCCCCAGCUGGGGUGGUGAUGUCGAAUCUCCUCGAUUCUCAGGAUUCUAAAGAGGUCGACGUCAGGGCGGAGGAUCCUAAUAGCAUCGACGCGAAACAGGUUCACUUAAAUGGGGCGGCAGAUAAAAUGGCACAAGAUGGUAUUGCCGCCAGAAAGGACUCAAUCCCAGACUUUGCUCCGCCGCCAUAUUCGAUCGCUACAAAUGGGACUGUGGCGCCGCCUGCAGCAUCAACCAAUAGUGCGGUUCCCUCUGAGAAGCAACCAGCGGGACCAGUUGUCAACAGCAAACCAGAGACCAAGGCGAAAUCAUUCAUUUCGCAGAUAUGCAAUACCAGAACUCUUGUCUUGGUCGUUGCAAUGGUUGCAGUGCCUGCUGCUGUGUCUUAUUAUCUGCGGCGAUAG